AUGGCGCCGAUCAACAAUACCCCCACAGGCUCUGCAGAGUUCAGAGACGCCAGCAUCGUGGCAGGUGCGCUAUUUGCAUACCUGGCACAGGAGCGGGAGGUGCCAGACGUGGUUCCGGCUGGGCUCGACGACGCGCUCGCUCGGGCACCCGAUAAUCCUGUCGAGAAUGUUCUGCUCCAAAACGGCUUUCGUACUUGGCUGGCGUACCACAUGGCGACGCAGACCGGGACCGGGAACAUGGUCCGCGCCGCAGCAUCCAGACUGUCGCUGUAUGGCCUGGCAACGAUGGCAAGCAUGAUCGAGGCGUGGGCCCGAGUGGACGAGUCCGUGGCCUUGUUUGCCAGCCGUCUGUUCCGUGUGUUGGACCAUUGGGAAUGGCGAGUUGGGGUCUUGAAGUCUAUCGGAGUCGACUUGCCUCCAGCAAGGUACGAGCACGAGUAUGAGUACAGAUACAAGCCCCGGCCUUCUCGAACACAGCCUCCAGCCAACCACAGCCAGCCUGCCACCUUAUACUCUCACAUAUCUCCACACCCACCGCAGCAGCGUACCAGACAGAGUGGCAAUGCGGAGAGCAUCAGAGCCACGCAGUGCGAGGGCGAGCCGGGAACACGGCGGGGGUUUUCCUCCUUCCCGCUAAAGAAGAACCUCCCUAAGGUCUUCCCGCCUGCAUUGCUCGAUGACAUCUGCAGCAAAGGAGACCGACGGGCAGCGCUGACGAUCUCAAAUACGAUUCCGGACUAUUGCGAAAUGGCCAUCGACAUCGUACCAAAAGCAGUCCCGACUCUCGCCGCUCUGCUGUACGGUGCUAAAAUCAAUACCAGUGCCAUGGCUGUGAGCGUCCCUGUGUCGGGGGCAGGUUCGUAUAUGGAGAUCAAGAAUUGCGGCACAUUGAAGCUGUCCCCCAUCGAGAGCAUUAGGGCGCAUCUGGGCUGUUUCAUCAGCAAGAAGCUUGGUGAGGGCCGAUUGCGGCUACUUGACAUUGAGAACGGCAGCUUGGAGGCGACCGAUCUGGUUUCCUUGGACAUAUCCGGUCGAGAGGACAGCCCGGGCCGCCUCAAGAUCGUCUUGGGAUUUGCACAGAUGCUCGAGGUCCGGGCCAGGUUGUUUCCUGGCGAUUGA